AACAUAUAUUACAGGUCGGAUACGCGAUAUCCGAAUUCGAAUGAGGCCUACACCCAGCAGCUUAUCGAGAUUAUAAAGAAGCCUGGACAGUCGCUUGGUCUUUACCUGAGAGAAGGAAAUGGCGUUGACAGAAGUCACGGUGUAUUUGCUAGCCGCUUUGGAGAGAACUCCGAACUGGAAAAAUACGGUGACGUAAUUCGACCUGGCGAUGAGAUUCUCUCCAUCAAUAAUGUCGAGGUCUCGUCCAUGUCCAUAGACGAUGUCGUGCUUAUACUGAGUAUUCCGCGAAGGCUUUUGCUGCGGAUACGAUAUGUGAAACACCGUCGAGAUCAGCAAGCAACCACGAAGUCAUCCGAGCGUCCAGUUGUCGUCUUUCAUAAGUUCGAGGAACGUUCCGACGAGUCUGCAAGUGGUUCGAUUCUCACGCAGCCUACACCAACUGCUCAUACAUGGCUGGGUAAGAAGGCACGGCAACAGCAA